AUUGAAGGGCCCAAAAAGUAUCAUUCCUUAGAUCAUUUAUAUGUUUUGAGAUCUAUGCCUAUAUGUGAAAUCUUCUUCUUUUUGAUAUCAACUUCUCUGUUCAGCUUUAAAAAGGGAUAAGUACUGUUUGGCAAAAUAUAUAUAUAUCCAUAGGUAUUAGUUUGAUGUAGCAAAUAUGUUUGGCCAGUGUUUCCCCUCAAAUAUAAGAUCAUUGUUGCAGUUAAAUGGCUUGAGCAUCAGUCAACAUGGCCAGCAACUUUCUUCUUCACUUCAUCUUCAGCAGAGAAAUGAAAGCUCUUUUGAUGACCGUAACAAAGCCCCUAUUACAUCAUCUAUGGAUGUAAAACCACUUGUAUCUUCUGUGGUGCAACCCUCAAUUCCCUUAACUGAUGCUUCUAGCAUUCAGAAGCCUCAGAGUGCAGUCAGCGUUGCAAUGCUGUCCACUUCCCCUGGUUUUGUUCGUGCUUCUCGUGGAGCUACUUCUACUAGGUUUGGCUCUGCUUUGAACAUUGAAACAUUAGUUGCUGCUGCUGAGAGAAGGGAGACUCCCAUAGAGGCUCCGGCAUCAGAGGUUCAAGACAAGAUAUCAUUUAUAAUUAAUAAUAUUUCUUCUGCAAAUAUUGAAGCUAAAGCAAAAGAAUUCACUGAAAUCUUCAAAGAGCUUUACUAUCCCUGGUUUGCUCAGUAUAUGGUCAUGAAAAGAGCAAGCAUUGAGCCAAAUUUUCAUGAUUUGUACUUAAAGUUCCUGGACAAAGUUAAUUCAAAGGCUCUGAAUAAGGAGAUUGUCCAAGCUACCUACGAGAAUUGCAAGGUUCUCUUGGGAUCCGAGCUUAUAAAAUCAAGCUCAGAGGAGCGGUCAUUGUUAAAAAAUUUGGGUAGCUGGCUUGGGAAGUUAACUAUUGGUAGGAAUCAGGUUUUGAGGGCUCGUGAAAUAGACCCAAAGUCUUUGAUCAUAGAGGCAUAUGAGAAGGGGUUGAUGAUUGCGGUGAUCCCAUUUACUUCUAAGAUUCUUGAACCGUGUCAAAGUAGUCUUGCAUAUCAACCUCCUAAUCCCUGGACUAUGGGUAUUCUAGGAUUAUUGUCUGAGAUCUAUUCGAUGCCAAACUUGAAAAUGAAUCUCAAAUUUGACAUUGAGGUUCUAUUCAAGAACCUUGGUGUGGAUAUGAAGGACAUAACACCAACUUCUCUUCUCAAGGAUCGGAAGAGAGAAAUUGAAGGAAAUCCUGAUUUUUCUAAUAAAGAUGUUGGAGUCUCCCAGCCUCAGAUGGUUGCUGAAGUUAAAUCAGGAAUAAUUUCUCCACUAAAUCAUGUUGAGCUGCCUCUUGAGGUUGCCAAUCCACCUAAUUCUGGUGGCCACACACAUUUAUUAUCACAGUAUGCUCCGCUGCGUCUUUCUUCUGGCACAUUGAUGGAGGAUGAAAAACUAGCAGCAUUAGGCUUGCCUGAUCAGCUUCCAUCCGCCCAAGGGCUGUUUCAAGCUACUCCUUCCCAAUCUCCUUUUUCUGUAAGUCAGCUUUCAACACCAAUACCUAACAUUGGAACUCAUGUUAUUAUCAAUCAGAAGCUAAGCACCUUGGGCUUGCACUUGCAUUUUCAAAGAGUGGUUCCAAUCGCGAUGGACAGAGCUAUCAAUGAGAUUGUGUCUGGUAUUGUUCAACGCAGUGUUUCCAUAGCUACUCAAACAACAAAGGAGCUUGUCUUAAAGGAUUACGCCAUGGAGUCAGAUGAGACACGGAUAUAUAACGCUGCACACUUGAUGGUUGCAAGUUUGGCUGGAAGUCUUGCUCAUGUAACAUGCAAGGAACCCUUGCGUGGUUCUAUAUCAAGUCAACUGCGGAGUACACUUCAGGGUCUAAAUGUUGCAAGUGACCUGCUAGAACAAGCUGUGCAACUUGUUACUAAUGAUAACCUUGAUCUUGGCUGUGCAGUCAUUGAACAGGCUGCUACAGAUAAGGCAAUACAAACCAUUGAUGGGGAAAUAGCACAACAACUUACCUUAAGAAGAAAGCAUAGAGAUUCAUCAUUCUUUGAUCCUAACAUGUAUGGACAAGGUUCAAUGGGUAUUUUACCUGAGGCUCUCCGACCAAAACCUGGGCACUUGUCUUUGUCACAACAGCGAGUUUAUGAGGAUUUUGUUCGGCUACCGUGGCAAAACCAAUCUAGCCAGAGCACACAUGCAGUGUCUGGUGGUUCUUCAAGUGUACCUGGUGAAUCUGGUUUGACUGGCACAUUUGGUUCAACAGCAGGCCAAGUUAUUCCUGGUUACUCUUCCAGCCUAGGAAUUGGAAACUCUGGACUAGUGGAUGUUGGUUCUGAGGCCAUUGAAUCUACAUCAACUACUUUACUGAGUGCGUCCCCAAUUCAAGUUGGUGCAGUAGCUAAUCUUGCCCAGCAAUCCACUGAAAAUGACACACUCAAUGCUGCAUUUUCGUCAACAACUUCAGCCUCUGACUUACAUUCACCACAUACUGCUGAUGUUGUAAAAGAAUCAACUGCAUCACAGCCAUCAUCUUUAUCAUCUUUACCAGCUGCCACUGAGCGCCUUGGAAGUAGUAUCUCAGAAGCUUCACUGAGCACAAGGGAUGCAUUAGAUAAAUAUCAGAUUGUUGCACAGAAGGUUGCAAAUGAGUCUUGCUUCUGCCUUUUACAUAAUUUGGAAACUUUGGUGACGGGUGAUGCCAGGGAAUCUGAAAUUCAGGGAGUGAUUUCUGAGGUUUCUGAAAUCAUACUCAGAUGUGUAAGUCGAGAUGAGGCUGCUUUAGCUGUUGCUCAAAAGGUUUUCAAAGGUUUAUAUGAGAAUGCAUCAAACAGUCUUCAUGUUAGUGCCCAUCUUGCUAUUCUGGCUGCUGUCCGUGAUGUCUGCAAGCUUGCUGUUAAGGAGCUCACUAGUUGGGUGAUCUACUCAGAUGAGGAGCGCAAGUUCAACAAGGAUAUCACAAUCGGCCUUAUUCGAAGUGAAUUACUAAACCUUGCAGAGUACAAUGUGCAGAUGGCAAAACUUAUAGAUGGCGGAAGAAAUAAAGCUGCAACUGAGUUUGCUAUUUCCCUGCUACAAACUUUGGUCUCUGAUGAAAGCAGAGUCAUCUCAGAACUCCACAAUCUUGUUGAUGCACUGGCAAAGCUUGCUGCCAAACCUGGGUCUCCUGAAUCAUUACAACAGUUGGUUGACAUGAUCAGAAAUCCUUCCUUGAAUUUGGCUACUUUAUCUGGUGCAACUCUUGGAAAAGAGGAUAAGGCUAGGCAAUCUAAGGACAAAAAGGCUCCUGGUCACUCCAUGGCAAAUAGGGAAGAUAAUAGCAAUAUGGAAACUCAGGAACCAGAUCCUGCUGGUUUCAGAGAGCAGGUCUCUAUGCUGUUUGCAGAGUGGUAUCAGAUAUGUGAACUUCCUGGUGCAAAUGAUGCAGCUUGUACUCAUUACAUCAUGCAAUUGCAUCAAAAUGGACUGCUCAAAGGGGAAGAUAUGACAGAGCGCUUUUUCCGCAUCCUGACAGAGGUCUCUGUUGCCCAUUGCCUCUCUACCGAGGUUAUUAAUUCUGGCACAUUACAAUUGCCUCAGCAAGCACAGAGUCUAUCGUUCCUUGCCAUUGAUAUUUAUGCAAAACUUGUGUUAUCAAUCUUUAAGUAUUGCCCUGUCGAACAAGGACCUACUAAAAUCCUCCUUCUGUCAAAGAUUUUAGCUGUUACUGUGAGAUUUAUUCAAAAAGGCGCAGAGGAGAAGAAAUCAUCUUUCAAUCCUAGGCCAUAUUUUAGAUUAUUUAUUAACUGGCUGCUAGAUCUUGGUUCCUUGGACCCAGUUACUGAUGGUGCAAACUUUCAGAUUUUGACAGCCUUUGCAAAUGCAUUUCAUGCACUGCAACCCCUUAAAGUUCCGGCCUUUAGCUUUGCAUGGUUGGAGCUGGUCAGUCACCGAAGUUUCAUGCCAAAAUUGCUCACGGGUAAUGCUCAGAAGGGUUGGCCUUAUAUACAACGCUUGCUGGUGGACUUGCUUCAGUUCCUGGAGCCGUUUUUGAGGAGUGCUGAAUUAGGAGGGCCGGUUCAUUUUCUUUAUAAAGGCACACUCAGGGUGCUGUUGGUGCUACUUCAUGAUUUUCCUGAGUUCCUGUGUGAUUAUCAUUUUACCUUCUGUGACGUCAUUCCUCCAAGCUGCAUACAGAUGCGGAAUAUUAUCCUAAGUGCAUUUCCACGCAAUAUGAGGCUACCUGAUCCAUCUACUCCCAACUUGAAGAUCGAUUUGCUUCCCGAAAUCAGAGAAGCGCCUCGCAUACUAUCUGAGGUUGAUGCUGCACUUAAAGCAAAGCAGAUGAAGAGUGAUGUGGAUGAGCAUCUCAAGACAAGGCAACAGGGUUCAUUUCUUACUGAACUAAAACAGAGAUUGCUUCUUCCACCAAGUGACGUGGCCUCUGCUGGUACCCACUACAAUGUACCAUUAAUCAACUCGCUUGUGCUUUAUGUUGGAAUGCAGGCCAUUCAGCAGCUGCAGGCAAGACCACCUCAUGCACAGUCAGCAGGCAACACUGUUCCCUUGGCUGCAUUCUUGGUUAGUGCUGCAUUGGACAUUUUCCAGAAACUAAUAGCCGAUCUUGACACUGAGGGGCGAUACCUCUUUCUCAAUGCAAUUGCCAACCAACUUCGCUAUCCAAAUAACCACACACAUUACUACUCCUUCAUCCUACUUUACCUAUUUGCUGAUUCAGAGAACAAGGAAAUUAUCCAGGAGCAAAUUACCAGAGUAUUGUUGGAACGACUUAUUGUCAAUAAACCUCAUCCAUGGGGUCUUCUCAUCACUUUCAUUGAGCUCAUAAAGAAUCCUAGGUACAACUUCUGGAACCGAUCAUUCAUAAGGUGCGCGCCUGAGAUUGAAAAACUCUUUGAAUCAGUUGCAAGAUCGUGCGGAGGACUGAAACCUGUGGAUGAGAGUAUCGUCUCUAGUUGGGCAUCUGAUAACACUCAUUAAAGAGUUGUUGCUGUAUCUUAUAUGUUAGUAUUUAAUGUGUAUUUAACUAUUUAUUCAAAUUCCAUCCCAGCCCCAUUUAUUUUCCCCUGACAACGGUCACAAGUAUUUAUUGGUUCUGUAAAUGUUUCAAAGCCACCAGAUAUCUUACCUGCGGAUGGAGCUAUAAUAUGACGUAUGGUCGAUUUUUAUUGUUCUUUUUUUUUUUCAAAUUGAAUUUACUGUACUAUUUGUUUUCUUGCACUCUUAAAGAUUAUCUUGGUUUAAGGAGGAUGUAAAUAAGACAAUUGUAAUUUA